AUUGCAAUAUGAUCAAAUUUCUGUUCUUGGAAGUUUAUCCACAAUGCUUCUUUCAGUGUUUUUCUCGCUACAGCAGUAGUUGCUCUGUAUUUAAUCAAUAAUUUUAAUUAUAUUUAUUAAUUUAAAAACUUUAUUCUGACAAUUACAUAAUUCGAAAGAGACUUAAAAUUAAAAUAUAUUUUUUUAUUUUCGUACAAGGUAUCAAGGCUAGAAAAACUUGUAUGACAUAUAAAAAAAAUAAAAAUCUCUAAGGUUGGAAACAUUUUAUAGUUGAAUACUUACGGUAAGCAAAUCCCUCCCUAAAUUGUCGAGCUUUUGUUUUCUGGCAACCUUGCUAUGAUGGCAUGUCGUUUGUGAGUCGCAGAUUUUUUAAAUAUUUGUGAAUAAUUUUAUCGACGCUCCCACCCCCAAUCCAAAAGCAAUCCAUUUUAAUCCUGUUGCCGUAUCUAGUAAGGUACAUUUGCGCUUUUAAAGGUGUGUAAAUGAAAAAACGUAAAAUGCAACUUAAACUGGCGGCGCUUCUGAUCAUUUGCCUUGGGAGAUCUUUCCAUGUUUUUGCUCAAGGCAUGCCUAUUUCUCCUUGCCCCAAGAUCUUCCAGUACCGCUUUGACGGAAGUGAGUGGUUCGGUCUGAUGGCCAUCCACAGCCAAGAAUCUCAUCAUCCGCUUCACCUUCGUGUCACUCUUUCAAUGCGAGGCAAGCUCACCACGAACUACCUUGGCGAGAUCGUACUGCUCACACGAGGGCAAUUAACCAGCAACGCGCCAGUGCUCUACAAGAUCCGUUUUCCGAAGCACCACUUUCCUCCCAAGGUGCUUCUUAUUUCGGCCAACAACCAGGUCAUUUGUUUUGGGACAGGAGAGCAAAGUAUUUUUAUGACCCAAAUACAACUAGAGCACAUUAGAAAACUAACUUUUAUUUCCGAUAAAAAGAGUUCUUUGUUAAACACUGAAGAGCUUCAAAAGAUGGUUGCCGAGGAGACGUUUGCAAACCAAGAUCACGGUUUGAAGCGUCCACAUCCACAAUCGUCGCAGACCCAGUUGAAGAAAAAGCUCUUUGCUCACCUACCAAAAGACAUGUGCGGACGAUUGAACCGAGGCCAUGAUACUCGGCUGCAGAAGUACCUAGAUGGGCCGCUUGAUUUAAAGAAUGUUCAGGAAAGAACCAAAAGCUCUGAUACCAUCACAUCACCAGUAUUCGUAGACGGUGAUGAUAGCUUCGCGCACAUAUGGGAUGACAGUAUGGAAUUGAGUGAAGUAGAAGGCGAUAUGGGGGCUGGGAGCCUCCCAUCUAUUGUACGCGGUUCCUGGCCCUGGUUAGCCGCCAUAUAUGUUAACAACCUGACUUCUCUUGACUUCCAAUGCGGUGGGACACUCGUAUCCGGUCGUGCUGUCGUCAGCUCCGCGCACUGCUUUGAGAUGUUCAACAGUCGUUUCACAGCCAAUGAAGUGCUCGUUUUUCUCGGCAGACAUAAUCUUAAAAAUUGGAACGAGGAAGGCUCUCUCGCGGCACCUGUUAAUGAAAUAUACAUCCAUCCUGAUUAUAAUAACCAGCUUAGUAGCUACGACGCAGACAUCGCCGUGAUUAUGCUUAAGGAUGCUGUACGAUUCAACACGUUUAUUCGCCCUGCCUGUCUUUGGUCUGGGUCUAGCAAAUCGGAAUACGUCGUGGGCGAGCAUGGCAUAGUUAUUGGCUGGAGCUUUGAUAAAUUAAAUACAACAGCCUUUCAAACAGUGACGGCUCCUGGUAAAAAGGUGAUCGAUACCAGCAUUCCUAAAAUGGUAAAAGCACCUAUUGUUAGUAAUGCGGAAUGCUUCCGUGCCAACGCGCCUUUUCGCAGUCUGUCUUCGAACCGUACCUUCUGCGCCACCGUUAAUUUUGAGCCCCACCAUGGGGACGUCGAUUUUUACACUGGUAUAUCGGGUGCUGGACUUUUGAUCUAUAAAAACAACCGCUGGAUGUUGCGAGGAACGGUGUCGGCGGCACUUCCUGCAAAAAAAUCGCGAGGCUCUGAAAUUACUCACAGGCACUGUUGCGGGAAGCAGCUUAUGAUUUAUGCCGACGUGGCCAAGUUUAUUGACUGGAUUACAGCUUUUAUCAUUUAGCAGCCCUGCUACAAAGACAUUGAAAACGCUGUGAUAUUUAUCGCAUGGGCGUAGAGAUGGAAGGUAAAGAGCCUCCGGUAAAGGUAAAAAAACCUAAACAGAAUAAUUUUAAUAAUGGAAAUAGAAAAAUAUACUAUAGUUUAAUCUAUGUAAAUAAAUACAUAGAGUGUUUUUUUUUGUACAUAUUUUUUGUAUGAAUUAUUAAAAAUGUGGGAUAAGCUCAUUAAACCUUUCAUGUUAAAAUUAGGGUGUAAGGUAAUGUAAUGUGGUGCUGGAAUGUAAGUAGCUGCCAAAUAACCAGGGACUGAAAAUAUAAUAAUGAAUUUA